UGUUUCAGAACUAUGUCAAACCGGAAAAUAACCCAAGAACGAAAAAACCAUGUCCGAAAACGCCUCGACUUCGACGAAGAACCAAAACUUGAACCAGAGAACCAUGAAAACCAUUUUCUAGACCUGUCCAAAAUGACGGAACAACAAAGAAUGGAGCACAGGCUAAAGUGGAACUUCGAUUUCGAAAACGAAGUUCCACUGGACGGGGACUGGGAGUGGGAGAAGGUGGUACCAGAACCACCUAGCAGGACGGUAAUCGAUCACAAGCACACGGAUUUGGUGAUAGAAAUGCAAAAAAAAUGUAGUGAUGAUCGGAAUGUUUAGACUGAUUUUAUAUUUUUGUAUAAAUUUGAUUGCAGUAUUUUGGAAAGAUCGCGUGCAAUGAUUGUAUCUAAAAUUAAUAGUUUGACUAGUCAACUUCAACUUUGUGUUUUAUUUAUUUAUUUAUUUAUUUUGUAGUUUAAGGCAUUAUAAUAUUAGUGUAGCCGGUACAAAAACUUGCAAAAGUAUAUUCUGUACCUCAUACAGCUAAAAUACCAAAAAUUGUAUAUAAUUUACUUAUAAAAAUAAACUAUUUAAAGUAGGUAAUCGAGACU